AUGGGGAACCCAACUGAUAGCUUGUCCUUUCAGGAUUAUCUCGAUCUCUCAGCAUUACUCUUUGAUUGGGGAGAUAGCUACGACGCAAAGGACUGGGAUCGACUACGCGGCAUCAUUGCACCAUCUCUCUACGUCGACUACACUAAAAUUGGCAAGGGCGUAUGGGAAGCAAUGUCGGCAGACGACUUCAUGGCCAUGGUGGCCGAUGACGGUUUCCUCGGCGAUCCCUGCGUCAAAACGCAGCACUUGCUUGGCGCGACUCGGUGGGAGCGGGUAUCGGAGACUCAAGUCAUCGGACAUCACCAGCUCAGGGCUGCCCACCAGGUUUACACGGACGCAAGCUUGAAAACUGUCAAACUAAAAGGCCACAGCCAUGCCACCAACAAGCACUUUUAUACAAAGGUUGACGGAGUGUGGAAGUUCGCAGGCCUGGCCCCGCUGGUGAGAUGGAACGAACAUGAUUUCGAAAAGGUGUUCAAAGGGUCUUUCACCACAUAA